GUCUAUCGUCGUCGAGGGGCAGAAGAACAAACACUUCCACGGCAGGAAGCAAGUUGCCACUUUGGCCGAAGAUGUGACCACAGCCCUGACACUCUGCAAGGAGGUCGGUGAGGUCCCAAACGCCGAUGAUGUCCCGGGCAUCUGCGAAGCCGUAGUGCGCGCAGCCCUGGGGGACGCGUUCGAUGCCCACGCUGACGGAGGCGACGAUGAUGAUGAAAUGUUGCUUCGAGUAGAGAACCUGCUCCUGAUGUAUGGUGCGGGGCACUUGUUGCUCAAGGACACCACGCUGGAGAUGCGGAAGAAUUGCCGGUAUGGUGUGGUAGGUCACAACGGGGCCGGCAAGACCACCCUUAUGAAAGAAAUCGCCGCACAUCGCAUCGUGGGCAUGCCGUCGGACUUGAAGUGCGUCCACGUCGACGACUCGAAGCUGGGAGAAAUGAGCAAGAGCUACUUGACAGCGCUGGAGUACUGCAUCAAGAUGGCCAAGGAUAUUGGCGUAAACGAUGCAGGAAGAGACACUCUGCUGAAGGUUGGCUUCGAUGAGGCCAAGCUAAACGAUCCGGUUUCGGAGCUGUCGACAGGAUGGAGGAUGCGCUUGACCCUGGCCGUGUCGAUGCUGAAGCACGCAGAUCUUGUUCUGCUGGAUGAGCCCACGAACCAUCUGGACGAGGAGUCCGUCAGGUGGCUGAGCGACUACAUCCUGUCCAUCACAUCAUCUUCCGUCAUGGUCAUCUCUCACGAACCCAAGUUCCUGAACAAGAUCUGCACUCAUGUGGUCGCAUAUGUGGACAAGAAGCUGGAGUACACAGAAGGCAACUUCGACAUCUUCGCCCAGAAGAAGGGUCUGAGCAGGGAGCAGAUCGACUCCAUGCUUUCUGGCAACCUGAGCUUCGACACGAAGAAGGAGGGCGAGGAUGAGGAGGAAGGAGGUGAUGUCCCCAAAGUCUCAGCUCCUGUGGCUGGGCCACCCAAGCUCACCUUCCCGAUCCCUGGGUCAAUGGAGGGCGUGAAGACCGGCUCGAAAAGCGUCCUGGAGAUUAAGCACGUGUCCUUCCGGUUUUCGAAGGACAAGGAUUACCUCUUCCAAGACUGCACCGGUAAGCUGAGUCUAAGCUCGCGCGUGGCCAUCUGCGGCAGGAACGGCUGCGGAAAAUCGACCCUCAUGACAUUGUUGUGCAGCGAGUUGCAUCCCUCGGACAACAAGGACGGCGGCCACGGGGAGGUCUGGCGACAUCACAACCUCCGCCUCGCUUACAUGAAGCAGGAUCACCUCAAAGCCUUGGGGCCUUUCUUCGAUACUUCGCCGUUUGUAUACAUCACCGAGCGCUUCAAGGAUGGCUACGACGGCGAUCUUCAGAAAAGGCUGAUCGAGCCAGAAGAUGAAGAAGAUGCCCUGCGGCGGAAGGAGCUCGCAAAGCAGCAUGGCAAGUACGGCAACGAAGUUGCGGAGUUGGUGAGCCGAACGAAGGUCGGCAACCACUUGGCCUAUGAGGUUAGAUGGGACGGGUUGGACGAUCCGAAGCAGAACACUGUGGAGCCCAUCUCGAAGCUGAAGGCGAUGGGCCUGGACAAGGUCAUCAUCGCCUGCGACGAGCGGAUCGCCGCCAAGGCCGCUGGCCUCGACCAGCGUCCGCUCACACGGCGAGAGAUUGUCAGGCAUUGCGAGGCUUUCGGGAUCGAUGAGGAGAUGUGCUGCAAUCGUCAGAUUCGUGGCUUCUCCGCUGGACAGAAGGUGCGGCUGUCCUUAGCAGCAAUGUUUUGGACAAAGCCACAUUUCAUCGCUCUGGAUGAGCCCACGAACUAUCUGGACGUUGAGACGGUGGAUGCGCUGGGCAAGGCUCUCACGAACUUCCGCGGGGGAAUCAUCAUGAUCGAGCCCAAGAGCGACUUCGUAGAGCGGAUCUGCAACGAGAAGUGGGUCCUGGAGGACGGGGUCAUGAAGCACGAGAAGCUGAACAACGGUGUGAAGCGGCAGGCCUAG